AAAGAGAAAUAGAAGCCAGCUCGUUCCAUUCCAACCAAUCAAACGUAAGAAAGGAAGAGAAACCCAUCCAUCGUCUCUAGUCGCUCGCCGUUAACCCGAUCGGCGCGGUUUCGCCCUCUUUCUCUCCCCCAUUCGCCGUCUGUCACCGAAUCUGCAGUUCAGAAUUCAUUCCUGUCUGGUUGCUUGCUUGCCUGCGUCGUCACAGAUUACCAGAUAGAGCUGCUGCAGUCGUUUUCAAUCCCCCUUUUCUCUACACCAAUCCUUACCCGCGGUUCAGCUUUCUGUCUCGGCUUGCUGGUACUCUCCCGAGCUCCGUCCUGGGAUUUGCUGUAUGUAGUCCGAUUGUUUUAUUUUAUCGUCUUUGAUUGAUUGCUUAACUGCUCGUGCUUGUUUUGAACGGAUUAGGGUUUCGUUUGGAUGUCCUAAUGGUCGGGGAAGGAAUGGAGCUUAAUUUUUUGUGUGCUGUGGGUUGUUUCAAUUUGGAUUGCUUGCUUGACCGUGAUGUCUGUUGCCCGUUGAGCUGAGUGAGUCCUGUUAGGUAGAGCUUCGCAAUGGGAUUGUUGUGUUUCAAUGUGAGUAGAGAUUCGUGGCAUACUGGGCUUCUUUUUCUCGGUGGCUUGGUUUUAAUUUCACCAUCAGGCGUCUUUACUCUGAAUCAUAGCUAGUGGUCAUGUUUUGUGGGGCGUUGGUUUUUGAUUGUUGUACAAUAUGGGUCAGGUUUGGAACGUUUGGCUGAACCGAUGCUAGCGAGUAUAUUAGCAAAUGCUUAGUUACUUGAUCAGUUAGUUACUUGAUCAGUUAGACUCAUGGCAAAGAUGGCCUAAGAUUAGUAUUCUCAGCUGAAUCACUGCUCUGCAAAUUCAGUACGGAAUAUCCUAAUUCCUCGUUUCAUCACAUUGUUGAGGAUUAGCUAUCAUAUCUCCGUGAAAGAUGGGGAAAAACCAAGCUUACAAAGCCAUGCAGAGAGCAAGGGUGGGCUCAGGAUCUGGAGGACCUGAAGAGGUUGAAGAUGGCAUGUCGCAGGUGGAUGGUUCUUUUCAUACACCAGAGUGGCAUGCUGCUCGUUUGGCUAGCCUCAACACUUCUCAUACAAUCACCUGGGAGGAGUACAAGAAGAAGCAGAAGGAAGAGGAGUUGAGAAAAGGUGAGCUGGAAAAAGAUACAGAUAGAAUGAUGCGUGAGUACAGAGCCCAGCUGGAUGCCGAAAGAGCACGGAAGCUUGCACAGGGGAGGAACCAUUCGAGUAGCAAGUCUAAUCUCAAUAAGGACAAGAAGGAAAAAGAUUCAAAGAAACAGCGUGGCAAAAAGAGAAAGCAUUCCAGGCGUAGAUCUUCAGACUCCAGCUCAAUGAGCUCUUCCUCCUCCGACGCCUCAAGCAGCGAUGACGAGAGAGAGUCAAAGAGGUCGAAAUCGAGAAGCAGCAGCAGAAGAAGCAAGAAGGAGAAAAGACACAGGUCAUCAUCAAGAAGCAAGCGUCCAACUAGCGACGACGAAGGUGCAGAGGGUCCCGUUCCACUCUCUAGAUUCUUCGGCAAUGUGAAGAACUAGCCCUCAAGGUAAACAAUCGCUCUGCCUCACAAGGGAAGCCACACCCCACCAUAUCCAUGUCUGGGUGCCUUUCGAGUUCUUGCAGGCGGCAUGUUGAUCAUUUGCAGGUGCCAAUUGCCAUUCUUGCCCCGAUGCUGUCCUCCCAUAUAUCGCUACCUCACCUUUCCAUGACUGUUAUAUACAUUCUUAAGUUCCGUGAAGGGCGCUCCUAUAUCUGCUGAUGAGUACAGUUCUGCAGUUUCAUCCUUGUAAUAGCAUAUAUAUGUUUACUAAUGCAUGUGAGUCGAAGGAAUUACUGUUCUAGUAGCGGCCAGCGGUAACUAAUGCUUACUAGUGGUAUUCGUUUCUGUUUUGAAUUGGUGCGAGCUUCGUUUCAGUCGUUUCAGUCAUUUGCUCUUCAUUGUUUAUAAUAAACAGAUGAAACAAAAGCAUAACGUUUUGAUCUCUUGUUCUUUUCCAUCUUAAGC